AUGGGAAUUAGUAGUUAUGAUUCAGAGGAAGGAUGGUGCAGCGUCAAGACGCUGGUGGUGGGCGCCGCGGCGUGCUUGGUCUGGUCGUGGAUCGCCGCCCACAGAUGGAAGCAGAGGAAGAAGAAAGGCCCCAAAACGUGGCCGCUUGUGGGAGCUGCAAUCGAGCAGCUGCUCAACUACCACAGAAUGCACGACUGGCUUCUCGGUUACCUUAAGCUCUCCAAAACUGUUGUCGUCCCCAUGCCUUUCACUACUUACACUUACAUUGCCCACCCCGAUAAUGUUCACCACAUUCUCAAGACCAACUUUGCUAAUUAUCCUAAGGGUGAUGCAUAUCAUUCGUACAUGGAAGUGCUUCUUGGAGAUGGGAUAUUCAACGUGGAUGGAGAGCUAUGGAGGAAGCAAAGGAAGACCGCCAGCUUUGAAUUUGCUUCAAAGAAUUUGAGGGAUUUCAGUGCCUUGGUUUUCAGAGAGUACUCUCUCAAGCUCUCCUCUAUUUUAACUUCGGCUUCUCUACACAACCAACAAGUUGACAUGCAGGAAUUGUUGAUGAGAAUGACUUUGGACUCCAUAUGCAAGGUUGGAUUUGGCGUUGAAAUUGGAUCAUUGGCUCCAAAUUUGCCCGAAAAUUGCUUCGCACAAGCCUUUGAUACAGCAAACAUCAUCGUCACUCUUCGGUUCAUCGAUCCUUUGUGGAAAAUUAAAAGAUUUCUCAAUUUGGGAUCCGAAGCUCUCCUCGAUAAGUCCAUCAAAAUCAUCGAUGAUUUCACCUACUCUGUUAUUGCCACUAGGAAGAAGGAGAUCGAAGAAGCUCGAACCACGGGCAACGAUGGCAAAAAGAUAAAACACGACAUAUUGUCAAGAUUUAUAGAGUUAGGCGAUGAUCCGAACAACAAUUUCACAAACAAGAGCCUAAGAGACGUCGUUCUAAACUUUGUGAUCGCUGGACGUGACACAACCGCUGCCACUCUUUCGUGGGCCAUUUAUAUGGUAAUGACUCACUCCCAUGUGGCUGACAAACUUUACUCCGAGCUCACUAGUUUUGAAGAAGCAAGAGCCAAAGAAGAAGGAAUUUCAUUGCUCAAUCAGCAUCACUCAACGGAUCUUGAAUCCUUUGAAAGAAGAGUGAAGCAAUUUGCAGAGCUUCUCAAUUACGACUCACUCGCUAGAUUGCAUUAUUUGCAUGCAAUGAUUACCGAGACACUUCGGCUAUACCCUGCAGUCCCUCAGGACCCGAAGGGCAUUUUGGAGGAUGAUGUGUUGCCAGAUGGGACAAAGGUAAGAGCAGGAGGAAUGGUGACAUAUGUUCCCUACUCGAUGGGAAGAAUGGAGUACAAUUGGGGUUGUGAUGCAGCUUCUUUCAACCCUGAAAGAUGGCUCAAACAAGGCAUUUUCCACAAUGAAUCCCCAUUCAAGUUCACUGCUUUUCAGGCUGGACCAAGAAUCUGCAUGGGGAAAGACUCGGCAUAUCUGCAGAUGAAGAUGGCACUUGCGAUUUUGUGCAGAUUCUACAAAUUUAAAUUGGUGAGUGGUCAUCAAGUGAAGUACAGGAUGAUGACAAUUCUGUCCAUGGCCAAUGGCUUGAAAGUUACCGUUGACAGACGCCAGUAAAAUCACCCAUUUACUACAUUAAUGUUUCUUUUCCCUUUUUUAUUGAUCAAUGUUAUACAAUGAACUCAAAAAGUUAAUAAUCUCACUGCAAUUUCCACCA